CGGGGGAAAAUGACAACAUAUAGUUGCCACUUUUAUUUUGAAAGCAACCACUUUUUGACUUCCCCCUGGCGUGGUUCCUCUCCUCAAAACAAAGUAUGUGUUGAGUCAGCCAAAAAAGCAGGCAGCAUGUGUGACCGGCCCAAGAUCCACGUCUUCCUGGGGGCUCCUCCUCCCUCCUCUGGCCCAGCCUCGGUGUCUGAAGCUGGGGUGAAGAGUCAGCACUGCCCCCAUGCUGGGUGGAGAAACCUGGAGCUCACCUGGAAGGACGGACAUCUGAGGCCUGCAACAGACGAGGCUGGAAACCAAGCAAGAUCGUCAAGAGAAGAGGAUGGAACCAGCAGGGAGGACGUACAAACCGAUCAAUCUACGCCGAAUUUACAAGGCCAAGAAGGUCAAACAAACACUGAUCAGGAUGACGCCUCCUCUGAAGCUGAUUGGACCAGAGAGGUGUCACGAGGAUGGGAAGAACGAGCAGGAUCAAACUGCAAAUUUAACGCUGAAAAGGAAAAUCUCCGCAUGGAUGACCACAAACCUGCAGAGAGAUUUAUGAGCCCAGUUGAAGAAUCAGAUCCUGAAGAGGAAGAUCAAUGUUCGGCUUCAGUUCAUGAGUAUCUGGACAGCUGUUUCCCUGCAGCUCAACCAGAACGAGCAGAAUCAGAAUCAGAAUCAGAACCUGAACCUGAACCUGAACCUGAACCUGAACCUCCACAUUGCUCUGAACCCCAGCCGUCAUCAGCUGCCCCUUUUCUGUGCACCAAGACUCAGUACCUCACCACCUGGACGCUGAGUCAGGCCUUAAUCCUGAGAGGCAGGUGCGGCACCCAAUCAGCAACCAGCCUUGCUAAAACCCUGCUUCCUCAAACCCCGCCCUCCGACUCCUCCAGCACCCCAGAGCUCUUCAGCCCUGUAAGCCCGUCACCUGGAGCCUCUGCUGAGCUCUUCAGCCAACCCUGCUCAACCCCGAGGGCAGAGGAAGGGGGAGUUGUCCUUGAGGUCACCACAGACGGGGUGCUUUGCUCCCAGGAGUCCACAACUGCCCUCGACUCCGCUAUCAAAUCCCCCAGUUUCAAGAAAGCUCGAAUCUCUGAAGAGUCCAGCACUGAGGUACCAGCGGACAGCACUGCAGCCAAGCUCCAGGGUCCCACCACAACACUUCUGGUCCGGUGUUGUAAACCGGGGGUGCGGUACUCGGUUCUGGUGGCGGUGGUUCACCCCUGUCACCUGAAGGAGGUCAAGGUGAAGUCUGGGCCGUCGGCAGGGACUCUGAUUCCUCUGGCGUCCAUCGUGGUGACGGACCAGUCAGGCGUUGAGAUGAAGGUGGUGCUGUGGCGGCAGGCGGCGUUCUGGGCGUUGACCGUGAGUCCUGGAGACAUUCUGCUCAUCACAGGACUGCAGGUGAAUGAAGACAGGUGGAGAGGAGAGACGGUGCUGCAGUCGACCUUCAGCAGCAAACUGCUCAGCCUCGGACAGAUCACGGCCUCCACCUCACCGCCAGUGCCUAAGCAUGUUAAUGCUCGCUCUCUCAGCUCUCUAUAUGGAUUUCUUCGGGAGCGGCGCCCUCUGCUGGUGUCUCUGCCACGCCGCCCCCCUCAGGACCUGAACCGCCUCCCUUACGCCGCCCUAAGGUCACUGAAGGUCAACACACUGGUUCACGCCCUGCUGCGUGUCACGCACGCACGUAUCAGCCCAGCGUGGCGGAGUGAGGCGGAGUCUCGCUGCAGGUCGGGGGUUCAGUUGAAGGCUGUUCUGACUGUGGAGCAGCCAGAUGGCCAGCAGGGGGCGCUGCUGCUUUGGGGAGCUGCUGUGGACUGGCUUCCUCGCUUCAGCAGAGACAGAGCGGCCGUCUGGGACUUCCACGUCCUCCUGGUGAGGGAUGGUUUGACCCCUGACCUCCCGGAGCUGCACUCCACCCCCUGGAGCUCCGUCCAGUCCGUGCCCCCCACCGACGGCCGGGUGCAGGCCUUCCUCCCACCGGGACGCAGCCAGAAAGGAAACAGCAGCAGCAGCAGUCUGGAGCUGGACCUCGACACGCUGCUGUCCCAGAAAUACAGCGGUGACGUGGAGCUCAGAGUCCAGGUCACCGCUUUCCACUUCCAGGACGCUCCUGCCUCCCAGAAUGCACCUCGACCGGUCCUGGACAGCUCCACGCCGCUGGAUGGUAUCCUAGAGGCGCUGAGCGGGGACAUCACCUACACCGGCUGCGGUCACUGCUCCGCCGAGCUGGAUACCGACACCAACGGCAUCUACAGCCCCUGUUACCCCUGCCUGCCCCACACCGCUGUACGCCGCUACUACAGGCCAGGUGUGCUGACUGUGAGCGGGCAGGGCAGCAUUCGGGUUUGUGUUCAGGUUCCUCCUGUUCCUCUGCAGAAGAUCCUCAAUGCUCCGCCUGAUAAACUGCACAGGAGCUCAGCUCCAGACUCGCAGGUGAAGCACAUCCAGGUGGCAGCAGAGAGGAUCCACACCCUCCUCUCCCUCCCAAGGAAAACCUUCAUCAUCACCAUCCGGAGCCACUUCCUGUGCGACGAGAACAGCGUCCCGCUAAACCAGGACUUUACACUGCUGGACCUUCAGUUCCCCGGCUGAUGGAGUUCGGUUUGUUCAUCGUUGGUUUGCGUUUGACAGAUCACUGAACCCUGGAGUGGUGUGCAUGUGGUGGAGCUUUUAAACAGUGUGUUUAUCUGCCCUGAUGUGAGCUGCUAACCUGAGCGUGUCCAGCUAACUAGCUUUACCACUGACAGUGGUAACCUCCGAGGCCGAGGAGCGUUUCAUUAGCUCACUAUUUAGUUUGUGGGGUUAAAAAGUGAGAACGAGACAAAUGUUGGCUGGAUCAGCCGGCUACAAACAGCUGAUAAAAACUGCCGGUGACGGUCAUCUUUUCAGUAAAAUCGAAGGUCGUCGACCGGAAAUGAGAAGCUGCUCUUGUCUAAUUUGAUCUGAAAUCGAAGAUGCACUGUUGUCAAAACUUUUAUGAUUUAGAUUGUAAUUUAAAUUAUUAUUGAGGCUCAUUUAACAACUCAGAAAUGUGAUGAUCUGUGUAAACCAUCAAAUUGUUCACAGAUACUAUGACAGUUUUUUUUUUUUCUUUUAUAAAUGAUUGACCCAGUCGGAAGAGUUGGUUCAGAAAACUGUCUCACACCAUAUAAACAACUGUAUAUCCCAAUAUCACUGUGACCAAAAGCUUGAGGAUCUCUACUCUCGUAUCACAUUAUCAAUACGGUAUUUGAUCAAUAACAAAUCACACGGCAGACCUGAAGAACCAACCGGGGCUGCCGACGGGAGGAAGGAGCUGCUCCUCAGUCCACCCCAACUCCUCGUGGUCACGCACGUUGACCGGGGUGACUAGUACGAAACCUUUACCGAUCUGAGAUGAUCAAUCAAUUAAAUCAGUUUGCUCGUUUACUUGCUACCGCUGCCUCUAUAUUACAGCUUUCACAUGCAUCUGAGCAUCAUGUGCAACGUCAUAACUGGUGAAAAAACCAGGUGAAAAACGAAUAACGGUCUCGUCAGUCCCGGGCCGCUCCGGGUAGGCGAGGUCACUUCCUCUUUUUUUUAUCCACCUGGAAGAUUUGAACCUUGGACGCCUGGAAACUAACUGCUAACUCCUUGAACUCAGACAUAAACGGUCAAAUGACAGUUAUCAUGGCAUCAUCGGAAAACAUGGAGAAACUCCACAAACCAUUACGCCCAUCAAAGAUCCCAGGAUGAGAACACCUCUGCUUGACGAACCCCAGCCUCUGCCAGCGGGACACGUCCACGAUAAUGACAGAAACCAUAGAUGCCACGGCUGGUAGUCAACCCAGGUUCAGGAGACAACAGCCUGCUGUGGCCACAAGGGGGCAGUAAAUGACAAGAUGAAUGAAAACAGGAAACACCAGAACCUUUAUGAACCAGAGGAAAUUAUAAAGUGAUGCUGUUAUGUUAUUAUUCCGCUCUGAGGUGUAAGGAGAGAAAUCUCUUCCACUUCGGUAUCGUUCCGAUGUCUGUUUUUAGCUUUAACUGGUCAAGCGCUGCUUGUGUCCUGACGGCACGACACUGCUUUUAGAAUAAACUCUUUAUUACAUGGCAUAGUUGAACAUCACACGCACCCUAUUGCUUAAAGUGAUAUUCACUAAAACACGUGUUUCAUUGAUAAAACUUUAAUACGCAACCUCAUAAUUUCACACGUUGUUGCUGCUAAAUUGAGUGAAGUAAAUCUGACAUUUGUGCUGAAAAGGCAAUAAAAUGUUUUGUCAUGAAGUGAAGACGAGACAGUAAAGAAACAGGAGAAAAGCUCAUAAUCACAGUCUGUGGAUACUGUGCAAAACAGCCAGUGUUUAUCAGAUAUGAAGAAAACUGCAGAUAUCAAGCAAUCAAUAUAGCCGAUCAGCUAGCGUAGCAUUAGCUAGCAUAUCCUCACCCCACAUCAUGACUUCCAGGGUGAGGUAGGAGACGGAUGUUAAACUCUCCUUUUCCUUUUGGAUGCAUCUUUUGACUCUGCGAAGGAGGCGUGUUCAAGCUAAAUGUGAGGAGAUGACGGAUUUUUCAGUCUCUGGAGAAGCUCUCCUGACAGCUGAGGUCAGUCAACACAUGACGCCGAAGGUGAGGCUGGUGGUCAGCCGCUUCAGGUUUUUCCUCAGACGUCAGGAUGCGGUUUGCUGGUCUCUGUUGGCCUACUUCCCUUUUGAUGUUUCUUCAGCCACGUCGAUCAGAUCGUUCAGUAAAUCUGAGAUGGAACAAAAGGCGACAAUUACUGGACCAAUUCAUUCAAGACCCACAAUUUUUACCCUUUUUGCACCAGAAAAAUACAUUUGAUUAAAGAGUGAACCAGAGGAAGGUUCUUCAGAUGAGUCAAGAAGGCGUGUUUUCAUCAUUUUCUGACUUGGUGUGGAGUCUUCCAAUAUGAACAUAAUUCUGUGACAGCUCAGUGAACCCCCCUACAUACCUCCAUCAUUUACUCCCCCACUUUCUCCUGCAGUUAUUCCCUCGUUCCCUCCGGCAGCGCCCGCUCCCUCCUGCUCAGUGAACAGACCUGCGAACCCUGAUUUCUUCUGCUUGCCCUCGUCGCCCUUGUCGUCGUCUUUGUCAAAGAGCUGGGAGAAGAAUCCUCCUUUUCCCUCCUCUUUCUUCUUGUCGUCUCCAAAUGAGAACAGUCCUCCCUUCUCCUUCUCCUUCUCUUCAUCCUUGUUGCCUCCAAAGAAGGAGAAGAUUCCUCCUCCCUCUUUCUUCUUGUCUUCGUCCUUGUCACCGACACCCAGAGCGUUUUUCACUGCGUCCUCCACCAUGUCCCCUGCGCAGCAAACAGCACCACACUGUCAGUUCACAACAUUUCAAACGAAAGCCAUGUUUGUUUGAUUUACCUGGCCUGCACCACCGGAGGGGUGGGGAUAAUCUCGCCUGGCGAAGAUGAGAAAGUAUUUGAAAGUAUAUUUGGUGAAAGUUGGCCUGAAUCUCCACUCACCUGGAGCGUUUUCUUCCAGUAGAGAUUCAUAUUCUGCGGAUUAUCUGUUAAUUUAUUGAGCUAAGUACUUCAAAUGUCAGAUGAGGCUCCAACUGAGAAAUGUUUUUCUUAUCAUUAAUCUCUUAUUUUCUUCUUAUUUUCAUCAAUUAUUUGAUCAGUAAAAUGUCAUUUUUUUUAAAAGUUAUUUCUAAGCUGUGGUUUAUUCCAGAUACCUUUCUCCCAUUGCUCCUUAUCAAUCUUGUCUUCAAGUCAAAUGUACAUGAAAAAUAAAGUAUGACAAUAACUGUGAGGUCAGUCUCAGCUCAGUAUCACAUUUCUGCCUUACAAGACAUGGAUCCCAUCCCCUGUGUCCCCCUCAGUGUCCUGGGCUGUGAAAGUAAAUUACAUGAGAAAGGGCUGUUUUUCACAGGAUUGUUUGUAUCUCUGCCAAAGGGAAGAGAAACACAACAAGGCGACAAGUUGAGCCUCUAAACGAGAUUUAGAAAGAAAGUUCACUAAAUGCAACAGUGGCACGUGAGACAUGCAAAUCAGGACCAUGAGAAAACAAAUCCGUGACUCCUGGAUUUGUUUUUCCUCCCCCUUCGCCCUGUUCCUACUCACCCAUUUUCUCCCCGACAAUAUGUGCGAGUUUAUCCAUCUCUGCCGACCUGCUGGUCUGUCCUCUGGUCUGCCUGCUGGACUUCGUAAAGAGAGUGUGGGGAGUGUCUCUUCUGGCAGGUGGCGGUGAGACCGAGGCUGUCCCCGUCUCUUUCGCUCUCAGGUGUCUCCCUGUUGGCUGUAGCGGAGUCAGGUGUGUCUGCAGACAGGACCGACCUGUUCCACCUGUCCUGAUGCUGAGCUUUUACCUCGUCACGAGCCACAGUAAAACCUCAUUUAAUGAUACAGGAUUUUAUUGACAGGAGCCUGAUAUAUACGU